GCGUGGGGCCGUCCUCUGGGGGCGGACGCGAGGAGGGGGCAGCAUGGCCGGCGGCGAGAGCUGGCGGCCGCCGCGGCCGUGCGAGGACUACUGGUGGGAGUGGCGGCACUGCCGCGGGCUGCGGCACGCCUUCCACCACUACUACGCGCACGGGCAGCUGCCCGCCUGCGCCCGCUGGCGGGACGACUACGCCGCCUGCCGCGCCUGGGAGAGCGGCCGCACCGCCGCCGCGCAGGAAGCUUUGUGCAAGAGUGAAAGAGCCCGCGUGGCGGAAAGGCAGAAAUAUGCCCCGGUGUGGACGUUCAGGAAGAGCCCGCCGCCUGACUGGUACCUUCCGCUCGACCAAGACAAUCCCAAGUGACGCAAGUGCUUCACCGGGAUCUCAUCUCAGCAACGCAGCAGGAAACUCAAAUUUGCAGCUCCUCUUCCCCAGCAAGCCCAGUGUUGCACACUGUUGGAACAUCUGGGCCUGCCAGCUGGGAAAAUAAAAACAAGCUGGGACUCCUCUCUGCCAGUUCAGGACACUGGCAUUUUAAAGGCACUACCCAGAUUCAGUACUGUCAUGCUUAAGAGCUUCUGGCAUGGUGGGAUAAAUUUGCAGGCCCUGAAACAUGCCUGCUGCUGGGGAACUGCUCUUGAACAGUAACGCGUGUGGUCUUUUUAA